AGUUUCAGUGGAAUAUUUCAUUUAGAUUAGAUUUGGACGUUAUCACAGACAGAGCAUUUGCGGUUGCGCACUGAAUUAUCGAGUCAACAUGGUGACGUCUAAGGGACUGAGAUUGAUCUCGGUUUUGAGUAUUGUGGCCCUUUUAAAUGUAGAAGUAUGUUUCGCCCAAUUCUUACAACAACCUCAACCCAUUCGUAAUGUACCCAGGACGGGCUCCGUUUCGAAGGCUUCUAGUACAGCAUUUCAACGUGAAGUGGACUAUGGCCCAAUAGAAGUUUCCCGUGGGGUGGCCAACUCGCGUACUGUAACCAAAUCAAAUGGUGGCUUCCGCAACGGUGGUGUAACAUCGGUCUCAAAGAGUAAUGCCGUUUCUCGGGAAGUGGAAUUGGGAGGACUGAAUAUUGGAAGUACCGUAACACGCUCCCAAACUAAGACAAACGGUGCUGUAUCCAAAGCUGUUUCCCGGGACGUGAACAUUGGAGGUUUGAAUCUUGGUUCCACCGUUUCCAAUGGUAAACCCACCUUCGGCUUACAACGUACCGCUGAUGGUGGUGUGGCUUUAGGUUUGGGCCGAUUGACUUUGGAUGUUUCGCGCAACAAUCAACCUGACAACAAUGCCUACACCCAAGCCCAGGCUCAAGCCCAGGGUCUCAAUGCCCGCGCCAAGGCUAACAGCAACUCAAAGACCAACACCCAACAAUAUGGUCGUGCCGAAGUCACAAAUACUUUCUCCCAUUCAAAUGCUGUGAGUCGCACCAAACAGGGACAAACAUCAGCUUCCACUGGCGGAGCAGUUGGUGGUGUAGCCACAAAUGGUUUGACCCAAGGCCAGGGAUUACGCACUGUUCGAGCACCCGUCGCCAGUAGACCUGUUUAUGCCACGCCCUUCCUGCCUGUUGCCCAAGCUUUCCGCCCAGUCAGACAAGUAAGACCCAAACGUAGGGCCCAAUAUAUUCCCUUUUUCUUCCCUGACCAACAAAACAGAUGGUCCGCCAAUAGAAACCCCACUUUUGGUGGUCAACCCCAGAAACAGAAUGCCAAUGCCCAAGGAUUGGCCAACAACAUGAACAAUUUCUUCGAGCAACAGGCUGGUGCCAACACCCAUACAAAUCAGCAGUUCAAUGCCAACGGUUUUACCCAGGAUAAUGGUGCCUCGAGCAUUGGUUCCAAUGUGGCCAAAGAUGGCUCCAGUGGUCAAGUCACUUCCUCUAAUGUUGCCCAAAUGAACUGGGUUACCCAAGGUGGCUCUCAAAGCUCCAACAAUGCCCAAAGUCAAGCUCUGAAUUUCGAUAAAAACCAACAGCAGGCCUCCUCUGCCAAUGCGGGUACAAAUCAAGUUAUUACCGCAACGGGCCAACGUAACGAAGCCCAGGGUGGUGCCCAGUCAACAAACAACAAUCAAUUCGGUUCAUCCAGCAACAUUGCCAAUACCAACUCGGCUGUUUUCGAAGAUGGCAAUUCUAGGGGUUCUCAAGCCGAUUCCAGCAGUCAAUCCAUAUUCCAGGGUAACAAUGGUCAAAAUUCUGCCGCCAACACCCAAUCGAAUGUUAUCUCCAAACAAGGCGCCGAUGGAUCUGUAACCAACUCGGCCACCAGCAAUGCUUCGGCUGUGAGUCAAGGUGGCAAAGGUGCCAGUGCUGUGGCAUCAGCCAGCUCAAGUUCCAGUGCAGGAUUGGGUGGUGGUAAUGCCGUGGCCCAAGGUUCGGCCGGUUCAAAUGGCGCCAAUGCCAAUAGCGGUGCCAGUGGUAAUUUGGGUGGAUCUCAAGGCUUUGCCAAUGGAGGUUUUGGCGGAUUUGGAGGUGGCGGAUUUGGAGGCUUCGGAGGUUUCGGAAACUUUGGAGGCUUCAGAGGUUAGAAUUCUAAUUUAAGAUCGUAGGAAAAACACUACAUCGCACUCUUUAUGUCGAAUUUUUUACAUGUUUUGCACAAUAAAUUAAAUUAAUUGUUGUUGUUA